AUGGAUGCAAAGGAGUCCAGCAAGCCUCCGGACGGUGGCGGCGGAAGCAGGAGCACCGGCAGAAGUACCGGCAGGAACAACAACAACAACAACAACAACAACAACAACACCAACGGUCCUGAAAGUCGAAUCCGCACAAAGAGCGACUCUUCCGGACAGCCUCCGCCCAUGCCACCGCGACCUGUCAACAACGCCCUCAACAGACGUUCUACCGACGGCAGCGGCGGUCGCGCCUCCUCACAACGCCCCAGCGCCUCCAGCCUCGGCAUGACCUAUCGAUCUUCGUCCGCUAAUGGCCGCUCGAAUGAUAGCUCCGCGCCAUCCGCCCACAGCUCCGUCCGCGCCGUCCCCUCGGAUGACGAUGACGGCAGCGCGGUAGCUGACAAUGCCGCCAGUUCCAGCGCCGUUCUCGAUCCCCUUUCCCCUCCCACCUCGCGCGACCGAACUGCCCCCCACGAAUCCUCACCCAGGUCCGUUCCCGGUGGACCCUGUCGACGUCAGGGCGUCGUCUUCAACGACCCCGUCAGCGACGGCGGCGAUCCAGCAACCAUCUCGCCCAGUACCAGCAUCCACAGCAGCACCGGCGGAGGCGCCAGCCACCGCGCCGGCAGUUCUAGCACCUUUCGACCCCGUACACGCACAAUGGAUACAGCCCUGCUCGGCGGCCAGCGGGUCGGCGUCACCGUCACUAUUGAGCACCGGCAGCGCGUCGGCAGCAUCAGCUCGUCAAACCCGGUCAUUGUUCCCGGUGACGAAGCCCCCCGACCGGGCCACGAGUCAGUUGGUUUCCCCAGCAUAGUCAGCUCUAGCAGUGUGAGCGCCGCUCCUGCCUCGACGUCAUCGCCUUCCGCCGGCAAGAAUGACAAGAAGUCUUCUGGCCGGAGACUGAUCAAACGCCACUCGUCGCGUCCAACGUCGCCCCAGCCCACCGUGCCGCCGUCCAUCGACUCGAUGCCGUCCCUCAUCCCCACCGAGAACCCGCGCAAGAUCUCGCUCCUCAUGCGUGUCCUAUGCGGCAAGAUGCGUGGCGAGAUUGAGUACCAGGGCGGCCAAGGCGGACCCUGGCACAGUGGUGUGGCCUACAUUGACGACGAGAGGGCCUGUCUCAUGUUCGACUCGGGCCAGAACGGACCCUUUCACAUCCCCCUCGUCACCGACCUCCGCGGAUGCUGCGUCCUGCCCGUCGACUACCGGGACGCCGACAAGCGCUGUCUCGAAAUCGCCUCGUCCAACCCCGUUGUCGAGUUCCUCAUGUACCCGCUCGUUCACGACGAGUUCGACAUGUGGCUGGCUGCCCUGCUAUGCUGGCAGCAGCUACGCCCUUCGACCAUCAAGACGAUCUCUGGCGGUGGCGGCGGCGGCGGCGACGGCAAAGCAGGGAACAGUAAUAGCAGCGGUGGUAGUGGCACCGGCGCUGGCACUGGGAAUACCAGCCCAAGUCUGCCCAUGCGUCCCGAGGUGACGCGGCGCGAUGCCCCUGGCGGCAACGAAACCACCAGGCCGUCCAACAUCAUCAAGGUUGGCAAGCUAAAGGUGUGGGACAAGGGCCCUGCGUCGAAUCCGAGGUCACUGGUGCGCCGGUCGUCGACGAGGGACGCGCGCUCGCCGCAAAUGUCGUGGCGCCGCAUCUCGUGCAUCCUCCACGACAAUGGCGAGUUCAAGAUCAUGGCCGAGAACGACGUCACUAUACUCGCCGUGCUGGGCCUGUCGCACCUGUCGCGCUUCGCCAUCCAGCAGCUCGACCACUCGGUCCUCGAUGAGGAACACUGCAUCGCUAUAUUCCCCAUGUACUCGUCCACCUCGACCCACGUUAGCGUCUACAGGCCCGUCUUCCUCGCACUCGACAACCGCACCCAUUUUGAGGUCUGGUUUGCCCUGCUCCGCGCCUUUGCCUUGCCAGACAUGUACAAGAUCAAGGGUCCCAUCCCCGCCAACAGAGGGAGGAAGGGCUCGCAGGGAUAUGGCGACGACGACGAUGACGACGAGAUGCACGACAUUGACGAUGUUGAAAAGACCCAGGCGGGCGGUGAGGUGUUUCGUGUGGAAAAGACCAUCCUCGUCAGGGUCACCGAGGCAAAGAUCAGGAGCCGGCCGGCGGGGAUGGAGUUGCCCACACUCGCACCUAGCGACAGCAAGAACAGCUCCAAGGCAGCAGCGUCCGAUUCGGAUGCCAUCCAGGGAAACUACCUCGCCGAGGUCAUCCUGGACGGAGAAGUGCGCGCGCGAACCACGGUCCGCCCCGCCACGAGCAACCCCUUUUGGCGAGAGGAUUGCGAAUUCAUCGAUCUGCCCAGCACCAUGCCGGAUCUCUCGGUUGUUUUGAAACAGGUGGACGACGCCGGGCCCGACGCAGCUAGCCAGUCCUCCCACCCAUCCUCUUCCAAGGCACCCCACCAGCGAGGACUUACCGAGGUGGUCUGGGGCUCGGUGGAGCUCCCGCUUGCCCAGACCCGGGGAGGCCUGCGCGAGAUGGAGGACUGGAUGCAGGUUCUUGACGACACCGGGGAGCCCAUCGGUUCCAUGCUGGUCAAGGUGGUGCACGAAGACCACAUUGUCCUCCUGGAGAAGGAGUACCGCGAGCUCGGGGAGCUGCUGCACAAUUUCAACUCGGGCCUCACGUCUCUGGUGGCCACGGCACUUCCCACGCACCUCCGCCGUCUGGCCGAGCUAUUUCUCAACAUCUUCCAGGUGUCUGGGUCGGCGGGCGAGUGGCUGAUGGCACUGGUGGAGGAGGAGAUCGACGGCAUGGGCAACCACUCGGCGAUGCGCAAGCUGCGCUUCGACAGCAGGCUCAAGUCCAACGACUCGGCCGAGUCCGUUGGCGACAGGGGCAACCUGCUGCGCGACAUGGGCAGGUCGCUCGCCGGAGAGGCUAACCUGCUCUUUCGGGGCAACACGCUGCUCACCCAGGCGCUGGAGCUGCACAUGCGCCGUCUGGGUAGGGAUUUCCUCAUCGAGACGCUCAAAGACAAGCUGUUUGAGAUCAACGAGGCCAACCCAGACUGCGAGGUGGACCCUAGCAAGAUGGCCAGCACGCAGUCGCAUCCGCAUCCGCAUCACGGGCACGGACACGGACAUGCGCAGGGCGGCGGUGCCGGUGGUAGCAACAGCGACGGCGGCGACAUCGAACAGCACUGGACGCGUCUCAUUGACCUGACGACCGAGGUGUGGGAAUGCAUAGCGGUGUCUGCAUCCCGCAUGCACGCUGAGCUCCGGGGCAUCCUAAAGUACGUGCGAGCCGUGGCCGAGGACCGCUACGGCGACUUCCUUCGCUCUGUAUCGUACACGUCGGUGUCGGGCUUCCUGUUCCUGCGCUUCAUAUGCCCUGCCAUCCUGUCGCCCAAGCUGUUUGGCCUGCUGCGCGACCACCCUCAACCUAGGGCCCAGCGUACAUUUACGCUCAUCGCCAAGGCGCUGCAGAAGCUAUCCAACCUGUCUAUGUUUGGCAAACGCGAGGAAUGGAUGGAGCCGAUGAACCGGUUUCUGAGUGCCCAGCGUCCGCGGUUCAGGGACUACAUCGACGCCGUCUGCGACGUCACACCCUCGGAGCGCGAGAUGCGCACCUUCCACGCCAGCUACCGCACACCCAUGACCAUACUCAGCAGACUGAGCCCCACGGCGCGCGAAGGCUUCCCCAGUCUACCUUUCCUCCGCCACCGUCUUUCCGAGGCGCGACGCGACGCCAACUCGUCCUCGCCGGACGACCUGGCCGACAUACUCGACCAGGCGUCCCUCGUCGAGUCUCUCAGCUACGCACAGUCGUCUUCGACGUGGUACGAUUCGAGUCACCACCGGUUCUCGACGUCGGAGCUAUUGCCGCGGCUACUACAGGGCACCGUGACCACGACCAUUGUCGGCGGACCCGCGGCCAAGAGCAGCGGCGGGAGUGUCAGGAACGGGGCUAGCAAGAGAAGCAGGGCUAUCCUGAAUGGGAUUAUGAGGCGUGGUAACGAUUCCAAGGAAAAGAAAUGA